GGAUUGUCUGACGCAGGUUGUGAAGGAGGUGACGCACAUGGGCGGAUUUUCGGCGUCGCCCAACAAUUCGAUCGGACUGGCUCGGAGUCUGAUGUUGUAAAGGUGCGACUGCUAGGCGGCAGGUGUGAGCUCACGCGCAGCUUAAGGCCAACGAGCUCUACCAGCUUAUCUCUUUUUAAUUAUAGCCAGCGACCUGAUUUCAGCACCGCGGGUACGUAACAGCUCCACAGCAGCGCUCUGGGAAACAGCACCUUGCGCCUCCCCAUUCAGACACUGUAAUAGGCACCGGACAGCGCAGUCAGAAGAAGCAGCGUCACCGUUAGCCAAGGGAGCUGUCCAAACCUGUCAGCACUUUCUUGUAGUCGUUCACAAGGUGUACAGAUAGAAGACAAAAUACGAAGUGAACAUACCAGGAGCUCUACUCCUGGCCACAACUAAAAUAAUGGCGUCAAAGAGCUUGGGGAUUCUGGUCUUAAUUCAGGUUUUUGCUCUAACCGUUCACCAUCUCUCUGCCUUUCCAACACCUGCCAGUGCUGACGAUAAAACUGUACACAACAGACAGUUAACUGAGGAGAGACCUGUUCAGGAGCAGAUUGCUGAAGCUGACAAUAUUAAAAAGGCAGACACAACAGCUCCAGAUACGAAGCAAGCUGAGGAGUUGAGUGAUUCGGCAACCAACUCUGAUAGUGAUGACUUCACUCUCUUGAAGUCGCUGGCAGAGAAAUCCAAGCAGGGUGAAAAUGAGACCCCCAAGUCAAGUAAAGAUGACCAGUUCGUCCCUGAUGAGGCCGACUCAACCAAGAACAGAAGGCUAGCAGAUGACUAUGAUUCCACCAAGAAUGGCAUGGACUACAAAGAUGACCCUGAGAGUUUCCGUCAGCUUGAUGGGACCCCACUGACAGCAGAAGACAUUGUCCAGAAAAUUGCCAAAAAAAUCUACGAGGAGGAUGACAGAGGGGUGUUCGACAGGAUUGUGUCCAAACUCCUGAAACUCGGACUGAUCACGGAUAGCCAAGCAGAUACGUUGGAGUAUGAAGUGGCAGAGGCCCUCCAGGACCUCAUCACCAAAAAUGCGAAAGACAAUGAGAUUGAUGAGCCAGACAUGAGUAUGGACUACCCUAUCUCCAGGGGAGAUGAUGUGGAUGCAGCACCUGAGGACAACAUGGAGGAGGCCGACAGGCUGCCCAGCCGGCGCUAUGAGGAAGACGAAGAGCCAGAGAAUGUGGACGAAGAGACGGACGAGGCUGCGGACACAGCUUGGGACGCAGCCAGCGAGGGCAAUGACAGGAAUGAGCUGAGCCCUGUGGACAGCCUGCAGGACCUGCAGUACUUCCCCAACUUCUACCGCCUCCUCAAGAGCCUCGACUCAG